UGCAGCUCCCGCCGAUGCGUGGAUUGGCCGGCGCGCGCAGAGUCAGAAUCUUUGGACUCGGGUUCCCAUUGGCCGUGCGGCUUUGACGCAAAAGUGACGCGGGGCGGGUUCUGUGCUGAGUGAGCGGUAUCCCUCAGGCCCGGGCUCCACGCGUGGGUGGCGGCGGAUUGGGCGACUCCUUCGGUCAGCACUGGACCCAGGAGUCCUCGGGUUCCGCUGGGCACCGGCAGCCCGAUCGCUGGAUCCACGGUGCGGGACGUGUUCGGUAGCGUGGAUCUGGUGCCCGUCUCCUAGAUGGUGCUGAGAGUUGUGGAGGCCCACGUGAGGUUGGACGGGCAGCAUGGCUGGCUGGCACAGAGCCUUCACCCAGAACACACUGGUCCCUCCCCACCCACAGAGAGCGCGGCAGCUUGGGAAGGAGUCCACCGCAUUCCAGUGCAUCCUGAAGUGGCUUGACGGGCCACUCAUUAAGCAGGGAAUCCUAGACAUGCUGUUGGAGCUUGAAUGCCAUCUACGAGUGACCCUCUUCGAUAUCACCUACAAACAUUUCUUUGGGAGGACGUGGAAAACCACAGUGAAGCCCACCGAUCAACCCUCUAAGCAGUCACCCAGGAUCACCUUCAAUGAGCCCUUGUACUUCCACACGACUUUGAGCCACCCUAGCAUCGUGGCUGUGGUAGAAGUGGUCGCUGAAGGCAGGAAGAGGGACGGCACCCUGCAGCUGCUGUCCUGUGGGUUUGGAAUUCUUCGAAUCUUUGGCAAUAAGCCAGAAUCUCCCACCUCUGCAGCCCAGGACAAACGGUUGAGGCUGUAUCACGGUACCCCGAGAGCCCUCCUGCACCCACUGCUCCAGGAUCCCAUAGAACAGAACAAAUUCAUGACACUGAUGGAGAACUGUAGCCUGCAGUACACCCUGAAGCCACACCCACCCCUGGAGCCUGCCUUCCACCUGCUCCCUGAGAACCUCCUGGUGUCCGGUUUCCAGCAGAUCCCCGGCCUCCUCCCGCCUCACGGGGACACGGGUGAUGCCCUGCGGAAGCCUCGCUUCCAGAAGCCCACCACAUGGCACUUAGAUGACCUCUUCUUCACCCUGUACCCCUCCCUGGAGAAGUUUGAGGAGGAACUUGUGCAGCUGCUCAUCAGCGACCGGGAGGGGGUCGGCCUGCUGGACAGCGGCACCCUAGAGGUCCUGGAGCGGCGCCUGCACGUCUGCGUCCACAACGGGCUGGGCUUCGUGCAGAGGCCACAGGUGGUUGUGCUUGUGCCUGAGAUGGACGUGGCCUUGACCCGCUCGGCCAGCUUCAGCAGGAAAAUCAGUGCCUCUUCCAAGAACAGCUCUGGAAAUCAGGCUCUAGUUUUGAGAAGCCACCUGAGGCUCCCGGAGAUGGUCAGUCACCCGGCCUUCGCCAUCGUCUUCCAGCUGGAGUACGUGUUCAGCAGCCCCUCGGGAGCGGAUGGCAGUGCCAGCUCGCCCACCUCACUAUCCAGUGUGGCAUGCAUGCACAUGGUCCGAUGGGCUGUUUGGAACCCCGAUCUGGAAGCAGGCCCAGGAAAGGUGACGCUGCGUCUUCAGGGUGGGGUACAGCACAACCCCUCACGCUGUCUGGUCUAUAAGGUGCCUUCAGCUAGCAUGAGCUCCGAGGAGGUGAAGCAGGUAGAGUCCGGAACCAUCCAGUUCCAGUUCUCACUGAGCUCAGAGGAUCCCACAGAGCAUGCCAACGGCCCCAGGGCGGGGCGUCGUUCCUUCAGGAAGAUGCUGGCGUCCCCUUCAGGCACACCAGCACCAGCAGCCCGGGAUCUUGCUGCAAUACAAGACUCUCCUGUGGGCCCAGGGCUCUCGCUCUCCCAACUGGCGGCCUCCCCGCUGUCCCCAGCUCUGCGAAGCUCUUCCAAGCCCCCUCCUCUGCCCCCGGACAGCUCUCAGUCCCCAGAGGGUCCCCAGCUCCAGGCCGAAUCUGUAUUAGAGAGCAGGGUCUCUCACCUGGAAGCCGACCUGACCCAGCCGGCCUCGCUCCAGGGAAUGCCUACUGUUGAGCAUCUACAGGAACUUCCCUUCACUCCUCUGCAUGCCCCCAUCGUGGUGGGAGCACAGACCAGGAGCUCUAGAAGCCAGCUCUCCAGAGCUGCGAUGGUGCUUCUGCAGUCUUCUGGCUUCCCCGAGAUCCUUGAUGCCAGCCAGCAGCCAGUGGAGGCCGUCAAUCCCGUAGAUCCUGUGAGGUUCAACCCUCAGAAGGAGGAGUCGGACCCUCUCGGAGGGAAUGAGAUUGUGCUGCAGUUUCUUGCCUUCAGCAGAGCCGCCCAGGAACGCCCAGGAACGCCAUGGCCAGAGACUGUGUAUUUCACCUUCCAGUUUUACCGUUUCCCACCCGAGACCACGCCACGCCUGCAGCUGGUCAAGCUGGAUGGGACGGGCAAGAUCGGCCCUGGCACCCCGUCCCACAUCCUCGUCCCCAUUAGUAAAGAUGGCUCCUCUGAUGCUGGCUCCCCUGGCUUCCAGCUGAGGUACAUGGUGGAUCCCGGGUUCCUGAAGCCAGGAGAGCAGCGCUGGUUCGCCCACUACCUGGCUGCUCAGACACUGCAGGUCGACGUCUGGGAUGGAGACUCCUUGCUCCUCAUUGGGUCUGCCGGCGUCCAGAUGAAGCACCUCCUCCGCCAAGGGCGGCCAGCUGUUCAGGUCUCACAUGAACUGGAGGUUGUGGCCACUGAGUACGAACAGGAAAUGAUGGCGGUGAGCGGCGAUGUGGCUGGCUUCGGCAGUGUCAAGCCCAUUGGAGUCCACACAGUAGUGAAGGGCCGCCUGCACCUGACCUUGGCCAACGUAGGUCACGCAUGUGAGCCGAGAGCAAGAGGUUCCAACUUGCUGCCGCCAUCCAGGUCUCGAGUCAUCUCAAAUGAUGGAGCCAGCUUCUUCUCUGGGGGGAGCCUCCUCAUACCCGGAGGCCCCAAGCGAAAGCGUGUGGUACAAGCCCAGAAGCUGGCUGACGUGGACAGCGAGCUGGCCGCCAUGCUGCUUACGCACACACGAGCUGGCCAGGGGCCCCAGGCUGCAGGCCAGGAGGCAGACGCUGUGCACAAGCGGAAGCUGGAGAGGAUGAGGCUGGUGCGCCUGCAGGAGGCUGGAGGGGACUCUGACAGUCGCAGGAUCAGCUUGCUGGAGAGCGUUAGCUCAAAGGCCGCCCACACUCAGGGGCCUGAGCUCCUGUGUCAUUACUUCAAUAUCAUCCUGGACAGCCAGGAGUGGAGGUACUUCAAGGAGGCCACCGGCCUGCACACGCCCCUGGAGGAGGACAUGUUCCACCUGCGUGGGAACCUGGCACCCCAGCUCUACCUGCGACCCCGGGAGACUGCCCACAUCCCCCUCAAGUUCCAGAGCUUCUCCGUGGGCCCGCUUGCUCCGACACAGGCCCCUGCUGAGGUGAUCACAGAGAGGGACACAGAGUCUGGACCCCUUUGGAAGUGCAGCACCAUGCCUACGAAACACGCCAAGGUCCUUUUCCGGGUGGAGACUGGCCGGCUCAUUGCUGUGCUCUGCCUGACCGUAGAGCCCCAGCCCCACGUGGUGGACCAGAUUUUCCGCUUCUACCACCCAGAGCUCACCUUCCUGAAGAAAGCCAUCCGCCUGCCUCCCUGGCACACGCUUCCAGGGGCUCCCGUGGGGAUGCCUGGAGAGGACCCCCCAGUCCACGUUCGAUGCAGUGACCCGAAUGUCAUCUGUGAGGCCCAGAAUGUGGGCCCUGGUGAGCCAAGAGAUGUAUUCCUUAAGGUGGCCAGUGGUCCAAGCCCGGAGAUCAAAGACUUCUUUGUCGUCAUCUAUGCGGAUCGCUGGCUGGCGGUGCCCGUGCAGACGUGGCAGGUCUGCCUCCACUCCCUGCAGCGGGUGGAUGUUUCCUGUGUCGCAGGACAGCUGACCCGUCUGUCCCUCGUCCUGCGGGGGACACAGACUGUUAGGAAAGUGAGAGCUUUCACCUCCCACCCGCAGGAGCUGAAGACAGACCCUGCCGGUGUAUUUGUGUUGCCACCUCACGGGGUACAGGACCUGCACGUGGGCGUGAGGCCGAGGAGGGCUGGCAGCCGCUUUGUCCAUCUCAACCUGGUGGACGUAGACUACCACCAGCUGGUUGCAUCAUGGCUUGUGUGCCUCUCCUGCCGCCAGCCACUCAUCUCCAAGGCCUUCGAGAUCACCAUGGCAGCAGGGGACGGAAAGGGCGCCAACAAGCGGGUCACCUACACCAACCCCUACCCUUCUCGGAGGACCUACCGCCUGCACAGUGACCGCCCCGAGCUGCUGCGCUUCAAGGAGGACUCCUUCCAGGUGGCGGGAGGAGAGACCUACACCAUCGGCCUGCGGUUCCUGCCAAGCGGCAGCGCCGGGCAGGAGGAGAUCCUGAUCUACAUCAAUGACCAUGAGGACAAGAAUGAAGAGACAUUCUGUGUGAAGGUCCUCUACCAGUGAGGGGACAGCUGUGAGGCCAGUGCCCCUUCCAGAGUGCCCCUCCCCGGAGACAUCCAUCGCUGUGACUCCAGGACUGGCCUGCAUGGCCCAUGAGCUGGCAGAGUGCAGAGAGACAAAGGUGUCCCUGUCCAUGGUAUACCCCUGAGAGCAAUCCUGUGAGUGAAUGUGACCUCUGGCUUACUCUGCCCGUGACACGCACAAGGCUGUGCUCAACUCUCAGGCUGUCACCGUCCAGAACAAACAGUUUUAUAAAUCAUUUCCAAUGACAAAAUUAUGUUUUUCUUACUAGAUUUUUUUUAAAUGAACAUAAUAUAUUUUAAUUUGCCAUGUAUUUUAUACUGGAAUUCUUUUGUAUCCCCCCCUUUUUUUAAGUUAUUGAAUGAAGCACCUCACUUCUGC